GUGCGCAGUCUGCUCCGGCGUGACACGCGCGUGUCGGUGAAGGAGGAAGUGACCGGUGCUGCAGACACACACACACACACACACACCCCGGCGGAAUAAAGGAAAGGACGGGGAGACUCACCACAACCGGAGACCCUGAGACAUGUCGUGGCUCUUCGGGCUGAAUAAAGGACAAGGCGGCGGCGGCGCGAGCUCGGAUGUUCCGUUACCCCCCCCUCCCCCUCCCCCUGCGGGAUCCGGGGGGACCGGAGACAAACCCAAGGACAAAUGGAGCAACUUCGACCCCACGGGGCUGGAGAGAGCGGCACAGGCCGCCAAGGAGCUCGACCGGUCCCGCCAUGCGAAGGAGGCGCUGGACCUGGCGCGCAUGCAGGAGCAGUCGGUGCAGAUGGAACACCAGAGCAAGAUAAAGGAAUACGAGGCGGCAGUGGAGCAGUUAAAGGGGGAUCAGAUCCGCAUCCAGGCGGAAGAACGGAGGAAAACGCUUAACGAAGAAACGAAGCAGAACCAAGCGAGAGCUCAGUACCAGGACAAACUGGCACGGCAGCGCUAUGAGGAUCAGCUCCGUCAACAGCAAGCUAUAAAUGAGGAGAACCUGCGCAGACAGGAGGAGUCCGUACAGAAACAGGAGGCUAUGAGGAAAGCCACCAUUGAACAUGAGAUGGAGUUGAGGCACAAGAAUGAGAUGCUGCGGAUCGAGGCGGAGGCUAAAGCUCGCGGCCGGGUGGAGAGAGAGAACGCUGACAUCAUCAGGGAGCAGAUCCGCCUUAAAGCAGCUGAACACAGACAGACUGUACUGGAGAGUAUACGAACUGCCGGUGCUGUGUUUGGGGAGGGUUUUAGGGCUUUCGUCUCAGACUGGGACAAAGUGACUGCUACGGUGGCAGGACUCACUCUGCUGGCCGUGGGCGUCUACUCUGCGAAAAACGCCACAGGUGUGGCAGGGAGGUACAUCGAGGCUCGGCUCGGGAAGCCGUCUCUGGUGAGGGAGACGUCGCGGAUCACGAUGGCAGAGGCCAUCAAACACCCCGUCAAGACCAGCAGGAGGUUAAUGAGUAAGCCUCAGGACGCUCUGGAAGGCGUGGUGCUCAGUCCGUCUCUGGAGGAACGCGUCCGUGACAUCGCCAUAGCGACCCGGAACACCCGCCAGAACCAUGGUCUCUACAGGAACAUCCUGAUGUACGGACCUCCUGGGACGGGGAAAACACUCUUUGCCAAGAAAUUGGCGAUGCAUUCUGGGAUGGACUACGCCAUCAUGACCGGGGGAGACGUCGCCCCCAUGGGGCGGGAAGGUGUAACUGCCAUGCACAAGGUGUUUGACUGGGCCGGGACCAGCCGCAGAGGCCUGCUGCUGUUUGUGGACGAAGCUGACGCUUUCCUGCGCAAGAGAUCCACCGAGAAGAUCAGCGAGGACCUGCGAGCCACACUGAACGCCUUCCUGUACCGAACUGGAGAGCAAAGCAACAAGUUCAUGCUGGUUUUGGCCAGUAACCAGCCCGAGCAGUUCGACUGGGCCAUUAACGACCGCGUGGACGAGAUCGUGAACUUCGCUCUGCCCGGGCCUGAGGAGAGAGAGAGACUCGUCCGGCUGUACUUCGACAAAUAUGUCCUGGAGCCGGCCACCGGGGGGAGACAGCGGAUGAAGCUGGCGCAGUUCGACUACGGAGUGAAGUGUUCGGAGAUCGCCAAACGCACAGAGGGCAUGUCGGGUCGAGAGAUUUCCAAACUGGGCGUGGCCUGGCAGGCCGCGGCGUACUCCUCUGAGGACGGCGUCCUGACCGAGGCCAUGAUCGAUGCGCGCGUGGACGACGCUGUCCGGCAGCACAUGCAGAAGAUGGACUGGCUGCACGGGGACGGCGUUCUGGACAACGAGGGCCGCGCGGCUCCCGCAGAUCACCAGGGGGGCAAAGGCGCCAAAGUGGGCUUCAUCCUGCCCCAGGGUUCUUCCCCAAAGGCACACGAGGUUCUGAGUCCGCUAAAGGAAUGUCUGGACUCCAGCAGUACCAUUCCACCGGCGGGGGGCGAGGAGGAGGGGCUCAGCGCCACAGAAAAGGGGAACGUUCCAGUAGAGGGGGAGGGGCGAGAUAAACACACACAACACACCGCCGUGCCGCCUAAAGAUGGCACACCGGUUUAAGUUUCAUCAUCAUGAGCUGAUUCUGGGUCAGAUUUACUGAGCAGGCGUGUAAAUGAGGUCUCCACCCCCCGCCCCCGAGAGGGUAACCAUCUAAGGUCCAAAGUUUCCGUUUAAGUUCAGAGACGCAGCUCAGUGUGGAUGUUGAUAAAAAAAAAAGUGUGUGCGCGCACGUCCAUAAAAGCUCCCUGUGUGAAAUUUACUGAGGUGUGAAACCGAUCCUGCAGACCAACAUGGCAUUCUUCUUAAUAAAUCAAAAAAAUGUACAGAGAAGCAGUUUACAGUUCAAUAGGGAGCCAUUUUGGACUGUGUGUGUGUGUGUGUAAUGAGGAACGGAUCAUUGGAUUAAGAUUUAAAAGAAAGAAAAAAAUACUUAUACAAUAAUGUCCUAAUUAAUGUGUUGUGUGUGUGUGUGUGUGUGUGUGUGUGUGUGUAAUAAGAAGCUGUGUAAAAUGUCAUGUGAUUUCUGUUAAAUAACUCUAAACCCUGACGAGAUAAAGUCAUCAGAUUUCAUAAGAAAAAAGUUUGCAG